CCCCGGGCGAGAAGCACAGAGCACCUCCCUGAGGAUCAAGGAACUGCACACACGACGGCUAAAAGCUGACACUUUUUCGGCUAAAAAGUAGAGAACCCAACAGAUUUUGAGGGCGACAGCAGCUUCAGGAUGCAACUGGAAAUAACAAUGGUGCUGCUCCUGGUCGCGGGGAUGGCCAGAUGUCUUCCCACUAUUGAUAAUGCAACCCUGUGUGCCGGUGCAGCUGAUGGAGACCAUCAUUGUGGUAGUUGUUUACAGCCUAUUGAGUGCCAAACUGAACUACCAACCGACGUUUUAAUUCCUUGCUACCCAGGCACAGUGUGUGAGCAGAUCACCCCAACCACAGUAGCAUGUGUUCCGAUUGCAUUGGCCACGGUAUGCCAGUGCACCAGCGACAAGUGCGACGAUUACGAUGCACAAUUCACAGUCACAUGUGACGCCAGCGGCAUUACGGAUGUAGUUGACUGCACGGCAGGUGAACAGUGUGCUGGGAACGGAAUUUGUAGUGCUUGUACAGGGACCACAGGCACCGUAGAUUCCUUCGCUGACCAGGAAUGCAGCUCCAUGUACACAUGUAAUAGCGGAGCAUACGCAGGAGUCGUAAACUGUGCCGAGGGCGAGUACGUGUCAAAAGAUGGCACCUGUUCCCAAGCGCCGCCCACACCUUGUGCAGCAGCUGAUAAAUGCAUCGCUGGACUCUGUCCUGACUUGACUGACUGCUCGCGGUACUACAUCUGUGAUCCAAAUCAAGAAGUUCCGGCAACCGGACUCUUUUCUUGCCCACCAAACCAGUGCUUUAACCCCGUCACAUUCUUAUGUGAGGCGGCCGCAUGCAAUAAUUGUGAUCCAUGGACUCAAUGCAAUUUCACAUCAGCAGUUGGGACAACAAGUACCAGUACGAUAACUGGUACGAGUACAAGUGAGAGUACAACAACAAGUGAGAGUACAACAAGUGCGAGUACAACAAGUACGAGUGCAAUAAUGGCCUUCCCGCGAUCAAUUUUGCAGUCGUAUGUGCCGGUGUCCCUAUUGGAGACCAACGUUGUGGAAGUUGUUUACAGCCUGUUGAGUGCGGACUCAUACCUGCCGUUUUAA